CUGUCCAUUUUAAUAGGAACACCUGUACACCUGCUUAGUUCUGUAGUUUUCCUGUAGUGUGGCAGCAGCACAACAAUAUGUUGCAGGUACAGUUCAAGAACUUGAGUUAAUAUUCACAUUAAGAUUAAGUGACUUAAAACAUGAGUGUGAUUUUUAUGAACUAUAAACUUCACAAAUGACAGAAUUGAAUGGAAAACUAAAUAAAAACGCACACUGGGUGACUAUUCUAUGGGGAAAGAUGUAUUGUUCAUAAAGGAUUUAGGACAAUGACCAGAUUAUUCUUAGCUGCAUGGAAGGAUAUAAUAAAUCAUUAUCACUUUUUAGGGCCAUGAUGAGCAGAAAAGCAUCUCACCAUGCACAAGAACUUUGAGGUGGAUGAGCUGCAACAUCUAAAAACCGGUUAACACUUCUGUCAGACAUGAACAACAGAUUGAGACCGUCAUAGGCACAGACUAACCCAAAGUAGACUUUUACCUGUCUAUUUUUGGUCAGUGCUUAUUAUAGCCUUGGAUUUUUGCUCUUGGAUGACUGCAGAUUACUCGAUUUGCUCUUGGAUCCAAACUUCCUCAAAGCUUAAUGUGUUUUGUGGUUUUUAGAUGCUUUUCUUCUCACCACAGUUGUAAAGAGUGAUUAUCUAAGUUACUUAGUCAAGACCAUUGUUCAAACCAGCCCUUCUGCACAUCCAGGCCAUAGUAAAAAAAAAUCACACUUCUCAUACUUUCACAUCAUUCCGUCGUUAGAACGCUUGGCCUGUAUCUGCAUGAUUGUAUACGUCCUCUGUUACAACAUGAUUGGUUGACUGAAUGACUUCAUAAAUAAACACGCGAACAGAUGUUUCUAUUAGAAUGAUUUUAUAUAAUACAGUAAUCAAAUAACAAACUUCUUCGAUUUUAAAUGAUCUAUGCAAUAACACACAAGAACACCAUCAAGUAAAGACAUGUCAAACUAUUUGUGGAGUCACAAAAACUCUUCCCAGUGUGCCUCAGUCUAUUUUUACUGAAUUCUGUACACACAGUCAAUCUGUAUCACUAAAAACAUCUGUAGCACUUUUCCUGUCAUAUAAAAUCUUAUAAAUGUUUAAAAUAGCCAUAUUUUGAAUACUAAGCCGUAUAAACGGUGUAUUAAGUCACUUAAAGGUUAUAAAGAGAGAGAGAGAGUAAGUCUGUACUGUAUUGCCUAUCUCUGAAAGGCAGUGUGCGCAUGCGCGGAUUUGUACCGUUAACUGUCAGUGUUCCAGCUGAGAGACAUACAGAGAGAGAAGAGGGAGAGAAAGCACCCGGACCGAACCGGGUUCAGCCCAGAAGACUUUUAAAUCUGUGAAGGAAUUGUUUUUUGCUUCUUUUAUCGGUAUUGUAGUGUUGGGAAAAAAAACCAGUUGUAGAAUUGCUAACUUUCUCCGUCCAGAAGUGGAUACUAAGCUUUGGGAGUGUGACAGGCGAAAAGGCGAGGUGAGGUUUUUUUGGUGGUGGUGGUGGUGGAGUUGGUGGUGAUGAUGGGGAACCAGGGUAUGCAGGAUCUCAUUCCUCUGGUGAACAGACUCCACGAGGCAUUCGGUGUCCUCGGAAGGAGCUGCAGUCUGGAUCUGCCGCAGAUCGCCGUGGUGGGAGGACAAAGUGCGGGCAAGUCCUCCGUCCUGGAGAACUUCGUAGGCAGGGAUUUCUUACCAAGAGGCUCAGGGAUUGUCACUCGAAGACCACUUGUGUUACAGCUAAUCAGCGGAGGCUCAGAGUAUGGCGAGUUCCUGCACUGUAAAGGAAGGAAGUUCACGAACUUCGACGAGGUUCGACGCGAGAUCGAAGCAGAGACGGACAGAGUUACAGGAGCCAAUAAAGGCAUUUCAUCCAUUCCCAUCAACCUUCGUGUUUACUCACCAUACGUGCUUAACCUGACACUGGUAGACUUGCCGGGCAUCACUAAGGUUCCAGUAGGGGAUCAACCUCCAGACAUCGAAUACCAGAUCAGAGACAUGAUCAUGCAGUACAUUUGCCGGGAAAACUGCCUCAUCCUGGCUGUCACACCGGCAAACAUGGACCUGACCAACUCAGAUGCCCUCAAACUGGCCAAAGAUGUCGAUCCACAAGGUCUGAGGACUAUUGGCGUCAUCACUAAACUCGAUUUGAUGGAUGAGGGGACGGAUGCCAGAGACAUUCUGGAGAACCGGGUACUACCCUUACGCAGAGGUUAUAUUGGAGUGGUUAAUCGCUCUCAGAAGGACAUCGAGGGGAAGAAGGACAUCAGUGCAGCCAUCGCUGCAGAGCGGGUGUUUUUCCAGUCUCAUCCAGCUUACAAGCACAUGGCCGACCGCAUGGGCACACCUUACCUGCAGAAGGUCCUCAACCAACAACUGACCAAUCACAUUCGGGACACACUUCCGGCGUUCCGUAACCGACUGCAGUCUCAGCUAUUCUCACUGGAUAAAGAGGCUGAGGAAUACAAAAACACGAACCCUGAUGACCACUCACGCAAGACCAAAGCACUGAUGCAGCUCAUCCAGCACUUCGGGCUGGACUUUGAGAAGAUGAUCGAGGGCUCCGGUGACCAAGUGGACACUGUUCAACUCUCAGGAGGAGCCAAAAUCAAUCGCAUCUUCCACGAGCGCUUUCCCUACGAGCUGAUCAAGAUGGAGAUCGACGAGAAGGAGUUGCGGCGCGAGAUAAGCUACGCCAUCAAGAAUAUUCACGGGAUUAGGACAGGCUUGUUCACUCCUGACCUGGCGUUUGAGGCCAUUGUUAAAAAGGAGAUUGUGAAGCUCAAAGGUCCCUGUGUUAAAUGCAUCGAUAUGGUCAUCCAGGAGCUCGUAGCCACAGUGAGGCAGUGCAUCGGCAAGUUAGGGACCUUUCCGAGGCUGCAGGAGGAGACAGAGAGAAUAGUCACCACACAUAUUCGGGAGCAAGAGAGUAGAACCAAAGACCAGAUCUUCCUUUCAGUAGACAUUCAGCUUUCCUACAUCAACACCAAUCACGAAGACUUUAUCGGAUUCGCCAAUGCACAACAAAGAAAUAACCAGAUUACCAGAAAGGCUUCCACAUGGAACCAGGCUGCUGCACCUCCACCUCCCAGUCAAAUUGUGAUCCAAAAAGGCUGGCUGACCAUCAACAAUCUUAGUCUGAUGAAGGGAGGGGCCAGAGUGUACUGGUUUCUGCUCACUGCACAGAGCCUCUCCUGGUUCAAAGAUGACGAGGAGAAGGAGAAGAAGUACAUGCUGCCUCUGGACAACCUGAGAGUGCGCUACAUGGAGAAGAGCUUCAUGUCCAGCAAACAUGCCUUUUCCAUCUUUAACAUAGAGCAGAGGAACGUGUAUAAGGACUACAGGCAGCUGGAGCUCGCUAGUGACACGCAGGAGGAGGCAGACAGCUGGAAAGCCUCACUGCUGCGUGCUGGAGUCUAUCCUGAGAAAACACCCGCAGACGGCGACAGCUCAGCGGUGGAUGAAGACUUAUCCAUGGACCCUCAGCUGGAGAGGCAGGUGGAGACCAUCCGCAACCUGGUGGACUCUUACAUGAGCAUCGUCUACAAGUGCAUCCGAGACCUGAUUCCAAAAACCAUCAUGCACCUGAUGAUCAACAACGUGAAAGAGUUUAUCCACUCAGAUCUGCUGGCUCAGCUUUACUCUACAGGUGACCAUUCGGCUCUGAUGUGCGAGUCUCCGGAGCAAGCGGUGCACCGAGAGCACGUGUUGCGCACUCACUCGGCCCUGAAGGAGGCGUUGUUCAUUCUCAGCGAGAUCUCCACCUCUACCCUGUCCACCUUGCUCUCAGCCCAAGGAGACGGUCCCAGGCUACAAUCCAGCAUCAGCAACCUCAGAUCUCCAUCAGUCAUCAGUGCACCUAAGAAGUCUUGCGCCGGUCCUCCGACUCGUGGUCCUGCGCCUCCUGCCCCUUCUGCCAUAACUCCUCUUUUUCUUCCAGCUCGUUCAGCUCCUUCUGUUCCUAAAGGCUUGAAGAACAAGGCCUCCCCUCAGACACUGUCACGCCCCAACCGGACCGCUCCCAGCAUUCCCAGAAGACAACCGCCGGCAGUGCCUUCCCAAAAUCCUCACGAGCACGAGAGAAUCCCAAAUACAAAAGGGACAAGGACGGCGUGAGAACGAUACCAGCGUAUCGAGCGUUCGGUUCAGAUUCAUUCUCGGAUGACCUUUAAGUGAGGGGGUUUAGAGGUGGUACAUUUCAACUUUAUCUAAAAACACUCUAAUGAAGGCAGUGAGAAUUUUUUUUUCA